AUCUCUGCACAGAGACUCAGAGAGAGAGAAAGACUUUCACUCACUUUUUCUUUCUCCAUUUUCUCAUUUCACACAAAAAUUCCCAAAAUCCAAACCAAAAUUUUCUCUCCAACCAAACAAAACUUACUUUUUCUGAUAAUGGAGAUCCAGCAAAAACUGAUGAGAUUCAAGUUCCACAUCUUGAUAACACUCAUUCUCUUCACCCUAAUCACUACACUCAUCCUUAUAGCUCCCAAAUUCCUCACCAUUUUAGCUUACUUCUGGCCACUUCUUCUCUCCACCGCUCUUUUCCUCAUCGCUGUACUCGUCUUCGCUAAAACCUCCUUACCUCCGGCCACAUCAGAUAAAACCGGCGAAGGUCUCCUCGAUUACGUCGCCGGAGAAUCCGAACUCCACCACCACCACAACCACGACCACGACCACGACCACCACGAUGAGGUUGAAACGACUGUAGAAAGCUCGUCAUCGAAGGAUGAGUAGAAAUAUAGUAAAAGCUCAUCAAAAAAGUUACCUGUAACUCUUUCUUCUUCUUCUUCUUUUUGAGAUUUUCUUUCCUUUGUAGUUUGAUAUAACCUUUUUCUUCUUUACUGUAAAUCUGAGAAGAAAUAAUAAUAAUUUCAGUUUUUUCUUUUUUUAA